UUUCAGAAUCUCAAAAAUCAAAUUAUGACAACGAACGUCUGGGUCGAACAGGAAUGGAAAGACUACAAGUUAGUUUGGGAUCCAGAGGACUACGGCGGUGUACAAACCCUUCACGUACCUUCAGAGCACAUAUGGUUACCUGAUAUCGUAUUAUACAACAAUGCCGAUGGGAAUUACGAGGUCACCAUCAUGACAAAGGCGAUACUCCACUACAACGGCAGAGUCACCUGGAAGCCGCCAGCAAUCUACAAGUCUUCGUGCGAGAUCGAUGUCGAGUAUUUCCCCUUUGACCAGCAGACUUGCUUCAUGAAGUUUGGCUCAUGGACCUACGAUGGGUAUAUGGUGGACCUUCAGCACCUGGACCAGAAGCCGGGCAGCAACCUGGUCGACCCGGGCAUCGAUCUCCUCGACUACUACAUUUCCGUGGAGUGGGACAUCCUGAAGGUCCCGGCCAUCAGGAACGAGCGUUUCUACCCGUGCUGCGAGGAGCCCUACCCGGACAUCUACUUCAACAUCACCAUGAGGAGAAAGACGCUCUUCUACACCGUCAACCUCAUUAUCCCGUGCGUCGGCAUCUCGUUCCUGUCGGUGCUGGUGUUCUACCUGCCGUCGGACUCGGGCGAGAAGGUGUCGCUCUGCAUCUCCAUCCUGCUGUCGCUCACCGUGUUCUUCUUGCUGCUGGCCGAGAUCAUUCCUCCGACGUCGCUGGCGGUGCCGCUGCUGGGGAAGUACCUGCUGUUCACCAUGAUCCUGGUGACGCUGUCCGUCAUGGUGACGAUAGGCGUGCUCAACGUCAACUUCCGCUCGCCGUCGACGCACAAGAUGGCGCCGUGGGUGCGGAAGAUCUUCAUCGAUCUGCUGCCGAAGUUCCUGCGGGUGGAGCGGCCGCAGAAGGACUCCGGCGACGAGGGUCCCGACGAAGUCACGGCUGGAGGGGACACGUCCUUCACGCCCUCCAGCGACGGCUUCGACAAGUUCCCUUUCGAGGACACGUACGACAUCCCGGCCAUCCCGCCCUCGCCGUACGACCGGGACCGCUACGGGGACGACCACCACCUGGCACUGCCCGCGCCCGAGUGCCACGCCCCCGUGCACGCACACGACCCGCCCUUCGUGCCCGAGAUGGAGGAGCCGCGCCAGCACUCCGAGCACCGCACCCUCAGGAGCAUCGAGUACAUCGCGCAACACAUGAGGAACGUCGACUCCUUCGAGGAGAUCGAGGACGACUGGCGCUAUGUGGCGAUGGUUCUGGACCGGCUGUUCCUGUGGAUCUUCAUGGUAGCUUGCGUGGCUGGUACUUGUGGUAUCAUCUUCCAAGCUCCUUCCCUGUAUGAUACCACCGAACCCAUCGAUAUACAGAUGUCCAAAGUGGCACAGAGAAAACGUCAGGAUCUUAUGGGUCCCGAGGAAUAAUAAUGCUGUUCUUAGGCGUAGAGGAAUAAUAUUAAUAAUAAUUAUAUUAAACAAAGGACAGUUUUUUUGUUUUUGUUGUUGUUGUCUUUGUAUGUAUGUGUGUGCGUGCGUGCACUCUUUACUGAAUAGUUCGUGGGAUAAAGAGAAGUGGUGCGUCUUGUGAGUCUCCAGUGUGAAAUGGAGACUAUCAGUUUUCCUUUUUUAUUAAGAAAAGAGAUACAGAUCCAUAUAAUGGGAAACGCGCAAGAAAGUAUAAAAAUAUUUUUGGAUAAUCACAACACAAUGGAUUAGUGUUAAGCUCCAGAUCAGUUCUAUGGAGUGUUGUGUAGUUCUUGAAUAUUGUAGUCACAGACUGGUGGAAUGCAUGUACUAUAUAAUUUUGUAGAAAAUGUCUCUGAGAAUGAAAAUUAUCAGGAGCGUUGUUUCUAUAACCAUUCAUGAGAAAAUAACGGGAAAUAUAUAUGCUGUAAGAAUGAAAACCUUUCUUUCGGUAAUUAAGGUGAAAAUCGGAAAAUAAGAAUACUGUACCUGUUACCGGAACAGGUUGAAUCUGAUAGUGCAAUGCAAUAAUCAAAGGCACUCAAAAUUUCAGAAUGAUUAACAGCUAACUUUGAUUGCACAUGCCUCGGUCUUUGCUUGUUUAUUUAUACUAAAUAAACGAGGAUAUAACCUUUUUUUGAGAAUUAGAUUAUAGUAGUAUCUUGAUCUAUUAAAACCGGGGAAGCUUACACUGGGCUGUAAGUACUGUAUGAAGUGCAAACAAAUUAACCAAAAAAAAAAAA